GGACCUCAUCAAUCUUGACUGACUUCCCUCCACCACCGAUCACCACCACGUCGUCCUCCAACAAGACCACCUCACAUCAGAGGGUCGAAGAUAUCUCCAGACACCUUCAACCUUCCAACACCUCCACCAUGUCUGCUGAGCCAGUCGGAGACUUCGGUCUCAUCGGUCUCGCCGUCAUGGGCCAGAACCUGAUCCUCAACGCCGCCGACCACGGCUUCACCGUCGUCGCCUUCAACCGCACCGUUUCCAAGGUCGACCGUUUCCUCAACGAUGAGGCCAAGGGAAAGAGCAUUGUCGGAGCCCACAGCAUCAAGGAGUUUGUCUCCAAGCUCAAGAAGCCACGCCGUAUGAUGUUGCUCGUCAUGGCCGGAAAGCCGGUUGACGACUUCAUCGAGACUCUCCUCACCGAGGGAGGUGUCGAGGAGGGAGACAUCAUCAUCGACGGCGGCAACUCUCACUACCCUGACACCAACCGCCGCACCAAGUACCUCGCACAAAAGGGCAUCCGCUUCGUCGGCAGCGGUGUCUCCGGUGGAGAGGAGGGUGCUCGCUACGGUCCAUCCAUCAUGCCCGGUGGUAACGAGGAGGCAUGGCCAUACAUCAAGGACGUCCUCCAAUCCAUCUCCGCCAAGUCUGACGGCGAGCCUUGCUGUCAGUGGGUCGGUGACGAGGGCGCUGGUCACUACGUCAAGAUGGUGCACAACGGUAUUGAGUACGGUGACAUGCAGCUGAUCUGCGAGGCCUACGACAUCAUGAAGCGCGGUCUCGGACUCAGCGGAAAGGAGAUGGGUGAUGUGUUCGCUCAGUGGAACAAGGGCGUCCUCGACUCUUUCCUCAUCGAGAUCACUCGCGACAUUCUCUACUACAACGACGACGAUGGCACUCCUCUCGUUGAGAAGAUCCUCGACUCCGCUGGCCAGAAGGGUACCGGCAAGUGGACCGCCAUCAACGCUCUCGACAUGGGUCAACCCGUGACUCUCAUCGGUGAGGCCGUCUUCGCUCGCUGCCUCUCAUCCCUCAAGGGUGAGCGUACUCGUGCCAGCGAGAAGCUCUCCGGUCCCAAGCCAGAGUUCACUGGCGACAAGAAGGAGUUCCUCGCCAACCUCGAGCAGGCUCUCUACGCCUCCAAGAUCAUCUCCUACGCCCAGGGUUUCAUGCUCAUGCAGGAGGCCGCCAAGGAGUACAGCUGGAAGCUCCAGAAGCCCGAGAUCGCCCUCAUGUGGCGCGGUGGUUGCAUUAUCCGCUCCGUCUUCCUCAAGGACAUCACCAACGCAUACCGCUCAAACCCAGACCUCGAGAACUUGCUCUUCGAUGACUUCUUCAACAAGGCCAUUCACAAGGCCCAGCCCGGAUGGCGCGACAUCGUCUCCAAGGGUGCCCUUUGGGGUAUCCCCACACCGGCCUUCUCCACCGCUCUGUCCUUCUUCGACGGUUUCCGCACCAAAGACCUCCCCGCCAACCUUCUCCAGGCCCAGCGUGACUACUUCGGUGCCCACACCUUCCGCAUCAAGCCCGAGCACGCCAGCGAGAAGUACCCAGAGGGCAAGGACAUUCACGUCAACUGGACCGGCCGUGGUGGUAACAUCUCAGCCUCGACCUACACUGCUUAAGUGUGGGAGACUGAAAGAAUGUGUUUGUGUGUGUAAAUGCUUCUUCCGCUUCCAACCGGCAACUUUACUUUCAUCUUGAGUUGGCCCAGCAUCAGAUAUGGUUGGAUUCGGAAGUCAGAUGAAUGGAAGAUACGAUCGAUGGAUACGAAACGAUGAAGCACAUGUCAGGUCCUCUGGUGAGAUGGAUACGGACUCGAGAUAGAAAACUGCACAAGCCACUUUUGGUAGCUUCGGCAGAUUGAGAUGAGAUUACCCAACAAUGCAAUCGAACGAUGAAACUGAAUGUGGAC